ACUCAAAACACAGAAAGCAAAAACAAAACCAAGAAACACACUCAAAACACUAAUAAUUAAUAAAUUACUUUGUUUUCGUUUUUCCUUUUGUUUUCUUGAGAUGAAUGGGGACGGAGAGCAAGAAAGAGUCGAGAGAAUGGAGGUGGAGAAGGAGAAACUGGUGUUUAUGUGGGGAUACUUGCCGGGAGCCUUGCCGCAAAGGUCGCCGAUUUUGUCCCCUGUGAUUGUGAGGUUAUCGGCGACGGUGGGCUCCACGUGGAAGGACGUGUGUGGUGGUGGUUGCGGAUUCGCCAUGGCAAUUUCUGACUCUGGAAAGCUCAUUACUUGGGGUUCAACAGAUGAUCUAGGUCAAAGCUAUGUGACAUCCGGGAAGCAUGGGGAAACCCCGGAGCCUUUCCCUCUUCCAACUGAAGCUUCUAUAGUUAAAGCUGCUGCAGGUUGGGCACAUUGCGCUUCAGUCACAGAAAAUGGAGAGGUAUUUACAUGGGGAUGGAAAGAGUGUGUUCCAUCAGGAAAGGUCUUCAGAGAUCCAUGUGCAGGGACAAGCUUGGAAAAAGAUGCAUUUGAAAGACAAAGCUCAUUUUUGACAGAGCAAGUGAGUCCACGCUCUCAAGGUUCAAUAUCCAGUGGUGGAACCUUGUCUGGUAUUGAUAGUAGGGAAAGUGGAGAGGAAAGUUCCAAACGAAGGAAAAUGACAUCAGCAAAAAACACUGCUGAAAGCUCAUCAUCUGGUGAUGAAAACUUUUCAGCUUUUCCUUGUCUGGUAAUGCUGAACCCAGGAGUCAGGAUUGUCACUGUAGCUGCUGGUGGACGACAUACUCUAGCACUGUCAGAUAUAGGACAGGUGUGGGGUUGGGGCUAUGGAGGUGAGGGGCAGCUUGGUUUGGGUUCCCGGAUGCGUAUGGUCUCCUCUCCUCAUCCUAUACCUUGUAUAGAGUCCUCCUCUAACAUGAAAGAUAGAUCCACUGCCUUUUCUAGGGGAAGCAUGAGUUCUGAGGGACCAGGAUUUAGAGUUCCUGGAAAUUAUGUGAAGGCAAUUGCUUGUGGAGGACGACAUAGUGCCGUAAUCACAGAUGCUGGAGCACUACUUACUUUUGGUUGGGGACUCUAUGGACAGUGUGGGCAAGGAAGCAUGGAUGAUGAGUUAAGCCCAGUUUGUGUAUCUUCGCUUCUGGGCAGCCAGAUUGAGGGAGUUGCAGCUGGACUAUGGCACACUGUUUGCAUUUCUGACGGUGGUGAUGUGUACACAUUUGGAGGAAAUCAGUUUGGUCAGUUGGGAACUGGUGGUGAUCAAGCAGAAACUCUCCCCAGGCUGUUGGAUGCUCCAAGUCUAAAAAAUUUCCACGCAAAAAUUGUCUCUUGUGGGGCUCGUCACAGUGCCAUGAUUACUGGGGAUGGAAAAGUGUUCUGCUGGGGUUGGAACAAGUAUGGGCAGUUCAUGAAACAGCUUGGCUUGGGUGAUGUGAUUGACCGCAACAUUCCUUCUCAAGUUCUAGUCGAUGGUUGUGAUCCUAAAAAUGUUGCAUGUGGCUGGUGGCAUACCCUUCUUCUGGCUGAGUCACCAACUUGAGCUGAGCUAUGAACUUCCUCAAGGCCUUGGCAACAGUUUUGUUAGGUUAGCAGUUGUUUUUAUUGGUACAUUGGUUAUAUGUAUAUGCAACACAGUUGUAUACAUAUACAUAAUGUGCUUUCUCUCAUUCUUUCACGGUGGGAGAGGGAUUUUAACCAUGAUUUGGCCUAUUAACACCAAAUGCUAGGAAAUGUUGGAAUGGAAUAUUUUAGAUGUACAACAUAAUUUGGGUCCAUUGUGUAUGUUUUUCCAUGUUAUACACUUUGGGCCAUCCAAUGUAAUCAUAAGCCUUGAUAAAGCUUUGUGUAUCUGGAUUAAGUUUAAUGCAGGCUUGCUUUUCUUACA